UACAGUUAAAAUUUAUUAUUUUACAAUAAUAGGUGAAGAAAACAGUGGCAUUGGUUUUAAACGAGUAAAAUUUGGGCGAGACUGAGUAAAUUAGGCCCUAAAAGUAAAGGGAAAGACAGACGGGUAAAGGGGUUUAAGUAGAAAGGAGGAAGCUUAGUAGUGAUAAAAGUAAAUUGAUUAUAUUGAGAGUUAAGAAACUAUGUGAUUUUCUGUUAAUUGCACGUGCUCUUUGUUAAUCAUCUUAUCUUUAUCUUUUUUGUCAUAGUUUUAAAUUUGAAAAUUUCCUUAAAAUGCAGAACUUAUAAGACAGGUAUUUAUACGUGUGGUUUUCUGAGGGGAAAAAUUUUUGUGGCGCAGAACUUCUGGGGUUAGUGGAGGUAAAUAUUGGAAUAGUGGAAGAAGAUAAAGAAAUGUUAGACCCCAAUGUUGUUGGCGAUAGCGUGUCACAAAGUUGUCGGUGUGAUGAAUUGGAAGAGAGAAGCAAGAAAGCUGAAAUGAGGUGUGUGGAGUUAGAAUUUGAGCUUCAAAAGAAAAAGGAGCACUGUGAAGCACUUGAGGCUGUAGUUAGUGCACUGGAAGGAGAAGAGUUUGCAGUUGAAGAUGAGGUGAAAGUUUUGAGGAUGUUGAGUGAAGGACUUAAAAGGAAAAGAGAUGUUAGCAGUGAAAAGGAGGGAGAGAGAAAUGCAACUGUUGAUUUGGCAGAUGACAAUGAGGCUGUUCAGUUAAUAAUUGAAAACAAAGUUUUGAAAUGUGAGAAGGAAAAGGCUGAGAGUGAGGUUGAGGUCUGGAAGACCAAGUACAAGAAAUUGGAAUCGUGGGCGUUGGGGAAGGGAAGGGGCAGUUAUUAUCGUGAAGAAGAUGUAGAGAAGCAAGAUAAGAAGCCUAUGAGUAGUGAAGGAAAUUUGCUUCUUGAUACGAACUUUAAAAGCUGUCAGAAUAAGGGAGAAGUUGUGGAUUUGGGGAAUAAAGAAAUCGGUGAUAUCCUGUCAGCAGCAAAUACACCUUGUGAUGGCAUAUUUCAAAAAGGUCCCAUCUCAAAUGUGCUUCCGGGCACAAAAAUUAUAAAACAGUUGACAUUUAAAACUGAGGAAUCUCCUAGCAAAAAGAUGGCUCCAUCGACACUUAUUGGUGGAAAGUCUGCUUCUGUCAGUGUAUUUGAUAUCAUUGAUAGUGAUGAUGAACCUAAUAUCGCUCAGAACCCUGUACCAGAUAAGCAGGGGAGCAAAAAAAUUUUAUUUCAACAUGUUUUGGAGAAAUGGGAAAGAACUCUAACAGCAGUUGUUCCCAAAACAAUGAGGAAAGUUUGGAUUUUGGUGAAGAUCUCUUAUUUGUUGCAACUCCCAAGAGAAAAAGAACUUGCAAUGUUGUUACAAGUGAGUCUGAAAGUGAUGAUGAUAAUAUUCCAAUUUGCAAGCUUAAAAGGAUGCAUAUUCGGGAAGUAAGUACUGACCAAAUUAGACCUGACUUGAGUAGUUCACGUCCUACUACUAUUUCAGAGAAUGACAGUGUAAUGACUAGGCGCCGUCUACUGCCUCUCAGAAAAUGUGUAAGCAAAAGUCAGGAUGAUAAAAUAUCUUCAAGUAGACCUCGUAAGACCAAGCAUCAUCAAAGUAUUCCAACCAAUGCCAAUGCUGAUGAUGAUGAAUCAGAAGAGAAUUUGUUAUACAGUGAGGGGGAAAACAUGAGUGACUUUAUUGUUGAUGAUUCUGAUGUAUCUAAUUGCGAAGAGACAUCUAGCAAGUCACAAGAUGAUACUAAUUGUGAUGUAGACUCUGAUUCCAGUAACUCAGAAGAUGUGCAAGAUAGUAACAUGGAUUCUAAUUCACAGGAUGUGUCUGAUGGAGAUGUAGACUUUGGUAAGAUAUUAUCAAAAAUUCAGAGGAGCAAACCCAACAAAAUGAAGUGGGAAUUUGAGGCUGACAUGCUUGCAGAAUUUGGAAAGGAUCCAGAAUUGUGUAUGAAAGCCGUAUGUGCUCUUUAUCGACAGCAAACUUCUGAGGAACAAAUGAGCAAGGGAGCAUUGUUCAACAACCACCGUGGAUUCAGCAAGUUUGAUGCUCCCAGAGGCAGUAGUUUGGCUGAGUUCCUCACCGAUGGAGAUCCUAGCGGUGGUUUGAAGAAGUCGGUUGAGGAAUUGCAAGAAUAUGACCCAGAAGCAGUUGAACAGUGUAGAUCACUGGCGAUUCACUACUCAAAGCAACUAUAUGAGAUUUACAAGAACAAGGAAGAUGCCUUUUUUCCAUGACUAGAGCAGCAUCAGGCUCCUUCUCCUUUUCACAGUUUAAGGAAUGUAAAAGUGUGUAUUUAUUCGAACAAAACCUUAGCAGUUUUUCAGUUUUGGGUGUGCCUUUAAGCUUAGUUUCA